CUCUCUCUCCCCUCACCGUCUCUCCCUUAAUCCCAUUUGCCAUUGUACAUGCCCAAUCGCCUAUACUUUCCGCAUUUAACUUGGAUGACAUUUUUAUUUCAUCAUUAGCAUCAGACGCGAGACUGACUGACACGGUGGACACGGUUUUGCGUUUUGACGAAAGAGCCCCGGAAUGACACAUCCCCGCGGUUUCACGCAUCUUUUUGCCGCUCCAACAUUUUAUUUCAUUAUUUAUCUAGCAUAGACGGACGCGUGUUUUGACGCGCUCAGGUGUGAAAUCGAGCCUUCCUGCGUUAAAUCCAAGAGAAUACCAAAACAGGGACUCCUCACGGGAAGGGUAUCCACAACCUGCAAGUCAGCCUUGUGUGUGUUUUUUUUUACCCCCCUCCUCUUUUAAUUCCUGCUCCCGUGGUCCCCCAGCGUUCAGACCAUUGCCACAGCGAUGCCAGAGACAACGCAAGAGACGUGCGCUCCGGCCAAGGACUCUCCUUUCUUCAUAAAGAACCUGCUCAACUGUGACAGCAAACCGUCCAAACCCAAACCCGUGCUCGCUGCCACGAGGGCGGCCUUGGAAGGAGGAUUUUCUCUUUCCCAGGUCGCGGACUUCAACUUUCCACGCUUCGACUUGCCCGCGCAGAGGUUCAGUCUACCGGCUCACUACCUGGAGCGCACCUCGGCGUGGUGGUAUCCCUACACCCUCGGCACGUCCGCACACCUACACAGAACCGAAGGUAAGACUCACACAGAAAAUGUAACUUUGAAGCUAGAUUUUGCUCUUUUAACUACAUUUUAUAUUUCGAGUUUUGCAUUUAAAUCAUAGAAAGUGUUCCCUGUCCGUUUUGUGGCACUUUAUUUACAGUCAUUGUACUUUCUUUCCAAAAUUAGAUAGUGUGCGUUAUGAUACGGGGUGUACGCGCAGUGUAUCGAAGCCUCGUUCCUCUGUGUGCAGGCUUAUUUUGUUAUGCCACGACGCAGGAUAAUAGAUCAAUAAAGUGACACACUGAGCAUAAAAUGAAGUAGACAUCAUCAAAUCAUAGGAUGAGGGUGACGAUGCGCAGCGAGCUUUUGAUUUGUCUAUUGGCGCUCGGUAUUCCCCCCCAGAGGCUCGGUCACUGACAGCGUCUUUACCUGCCUGUUUCUGUGAUUUAUUCAUGAGGGGAUGUAAUACACGCUGAUAGCAAUGUCAGUAUCAAGUGUUCAGGCAAAGAAAGAAAAAGUUUGAAUGUCUUUUGAAUUAUGGAAUUGAUUGUGAAUUUUCAUUUCAGUGUGUUGGGGUAACAAUUAGAUGUUGAAUUUGUUUGAGAAUUGUUGUUUAGGCCUAUUUGGAAUAGUGGCAAAAUGAUUAUCUCUGCUUUUAAAACCAUUUGAUUUCCAAAUUUUACAAUCUGAGUUUCAAUAAUAAGUAAAUUAUCUGCAAUGUCAAGGUGUUUAUGUCCACUUCUUUCUUUCUCCCCCUUCUUCAGUUACCGAGAAACAAGCAGUCAGAGACUCCUCUCCAACCUCGGGCACAGAUAGAGACUCACCAGAGCUCGUCCUAAAAUCUGAACCAGACGCCAAAGACGACGACGAGGAUGACGAGCACAACAACAAUAAAAGCGGCGACGAGAUCAUCCUGGAGGAGAGCGACACGGAGGAGGCCAAAAAAGACGAACUGGAAGAGUGGAAGAAGAGGGACGACGAUAAGAAGCCGUGCCGCAAGAAGAAGACGCGCACGGUUUUCUCCCGGAGCCAGGUGUUCCAGCUGGAGUCCACUUUCGACAUGAAGCGGUACCUGAGCAGCUCGGAGCGCGCCGGCCUGGCCGCGUCUCUGCACCUGACGGAGACUCAGGUGAAGAUCUGGUUCCAGAACAGGAGGAACAAGUGGAAACGGCAGCUCGCCGCAGAGCUGGAGGCCGCCAAUCUGAGCCACGCGGCGGCGCAGAGGAUAGUCAGGGUGCCCAUCCUCUACCACGAGAACUCGGCCUCCGAGAGCGGGGGUUCCGGCGCCAACGUCCCCGCGAGCCAGCCGCUGCUCACCUUCCCGCACCCGGGCGUCUACUACUCCCAUCCCAUCGUCACAUCCGUACCGCUGCUUCGACCGGUUUGAGAAGAGCUGAGGCAAAGGGAUGUCCUCCUCAGAGUAAAAAAAUACAGACUCAAUAUUUUUGUACAACAGACUGAAUGAAGAAGAAGAAAAAAACAAAAAAAGAGGGACAGUGUCAGGCCUACAUGGACCUAGUGUGGGAAAUAUAAUGUGUCAAUUUUCACGAGGGUGUCGUUUACACUCCAACCGACCAAUCAGAUCCCAUUAUUAUUAUUAUUAUUAUUAUUAUUAUUAUUAUUAUUAUUAUUAUUAUUAUUAUUAAAAAUGUAGUAAUUGCCUCAGGAGUCCACCUGCUUACACUGCCUGUUGAGUGUCUUUAUUUUUUCCUCCUUUAUUUUCCACCAUGACUGUUACGGCUACAGGCCAACAAAACAAAACAUAAAAAAAGGGUUUGUUUACAAAAUUACAAAACUUUACGGCUCAAAGGCGCGUGCCUGCUUCUCAUUUGACAUCAUUAUUUCACUUAAUUCACAGUUUCAUAAAGAUAGUGUGCAAUAAACUUAAGGUGAGCUGUGAAUUAACAAAUCCACUCAAGCAGAAAUAGACUUUUUUCCAUUUUCUCACGAGGGAAUAUCAUUAUGAGGAUUUGCGUGACGGGGGACAAUCAGGACACUCUGGACUGUAAAGUAAUCAUGUAGCUUUCUGUUUAGUUUUAGUGAUUAUUCUCACUCUUGUUCUCUCUUAGUGGACACGUCCUUCAAGCACAAGCGUGAACUCCAGUGUGUCCGAAUCUACUUUGUGUUUCUGAACGGGCAAAAAGAUCGACUAAACACUGAUGUACAAAUCUGUAAAUGUAUAUAUUUAAAGAGACACGAAGAGGGGAGAGAGGAGCUGCUCCUUUCGGUGUCUCCUUUGUACAGAAGAAAACAACGUUUUGAUAUUGUAUUGCUGAACCAUGUUGUGAAAUAAAAGGAGAAUAUUCCUCACUUUUUAGGA